GUAUCCCAUAAGCUAGCAUCUUGGUGUUUGUCGAGGCAUUUUUUUUUGCGAAUUGGUCAGUAUUUUGCUCAACCAUGUCGAUGGCGCUAUGUCCGCGACCCAGGUACUCUGGAUAAGCGUCUUCUAAGAGCUGUAUCCAAGCCUGUCAUACCAAUGCCCAAAAUUAGCCCCGUUGAAACUAGACUGCACUUAGAAGAACAAAAAAAGUUGAAGCUUGAGAAUAGCUCAUACAGACGGUUCCUUGUAGAGCGUGCUCUCACUGAUUUUUAUGCAAAAGCUGAUGGAAGAAUGGUGAUUUUCAUUCAACCUCUGCAAUGUCCCUCACAUCAUUUCAUUCAGUUUAAAAAUCUUCUUUUUCACAAAGGCCUUCAUUUUCAUAAGUUUCCACUGGACAUAUUAAGUUACGCAUUGUAA